UGGAAAUUACUUUAGGCUCUGCCUCCAGCGAUGAGUUUUUACAUUUUAAACCUGUGCUUUCACGUCACAACAAUAUUCCACAUCGAUAGUUCUGUUGGAAAUCCGGAGUGGCCACCGUUUCACACCUGCGCCCCUCUCUUGUCCACUCAGAUAGGAUUGGAAGUGAGCACAACCUCAUCCCUCAAUUUCAAGAAGAAUGGCUGUUGAACUCGUCAAAAUCGGAAUUUCAUUGAAAAUGCAACCAAAUAACAGUGCUGUGUACUUCAAAUCGGACGGAGCGAGAUUUGGCCAAACCAGGACGAUUAAAUUGCUAACGGGGUCAAAGUACAAGAUUGAAGUGUUUGUCAAACCUGGGGCUGUGGAGGCAACCACCAUGAGUGUAGGGGGAGUCACAUUCCCCUUGGAGCAACAGUCUAGAGACCCCCAGUGUGUGGUCUACACUGGCGUCUACGACACAGAGGGCGUGACACACACCAAGAGCGGAGACAGACAAGCUGUACAGAUCAGCAUACAGUUCCCAGAGGUGGGCUCUUUUGAAGUGGUGUGGCAGGUGAAGUACUACAACUACAACAAGAGGGACCACUGCCAGGGGGGCAACAGUUUCAACAGCAUCGAGUACGAGUGCAAGCCCAACGAGACACGCAGCCUGAUGUGGGUCAACAAGGAGCUGUUAUCUGAUGGUACCAACCAAAACAACACAGGCAGCAUCAGGGUUGUGUUCAUGUGGCACAAGACGGAGAUAACAGUGAAACUGCUACGACGCCUGUAA